AUGGCGCCGGGGUCACAACGCGAAGAGGCCGUCACUGACUGGCACUGUCUCCCUCGAGAGAUUCGCGACCUGAUUCUCGAAAACGCAGCAGGACAUGAGUCUGGUGCAGCAUCGUAUGCCGCCGUCUCCAAGGAAUGGAAGGCUUUCUUCGAAAGCAGGACGUUCCGUCGGCUGAAGGUCAAGGCCCAUGAUAUCAACAUGCUCGCGGCCCUUUCCGAAGACCAUCGCCGUUGCGUGCAGCACAUCUGGCUCGACUAUGACUUCUCGCCCCAAGCUUGUGUUUAUUGCCUUGACUCACCCGCCGACAUAUUGAAUUAUCGUAAUGAAGACGAUGGGGCAGUCAAAGCGUGGUUUUCCCGAUCUGAUCUUGAAAAGUUCGGACACACGCUAAGCCGCUUGUCCAAAGCAGUGUGCCAAUGGCCUCGUACAGUCUCCGGCCUGACUCUUGAACUGAGUGGGCAACCGCUGGAUGUCGAUGAUCACUAUGGUGGACGUAUCUGCUUCGGUAAUAACGACACCGCGGAGCAUGCCGUUGCCCACGGCCAGGAUCCUCUCGCAUCAAUCGACACAUCCACCUGGCAUGACCCAACGCACGGAUGGACGCAUGGAACACCUGACCCGGUUCUCAUCGAGGAUGAGCAAACAUGCUUUGAGCUUCUCAACAACACCAUUCACCUAAAGAGGUUCACGCUUUACCAUCAGUUGGUAGAGUUCCAAAUGUCUGACGAAUCAUACCUGGAAGCUUUUGUCUCGGUCGUGGACUACAUAUCACCAAUGGGAAGAAAGCCUAAGAUGAAUAGCGUACAAGGUUUCGGCCGACUUUCGACAAAGCUGGAGCAUCUCUCCGUGUCCUUCGUGAUAGAUGCGGACAGAUUCUUCCUCCAAUGCGCCAAGGAAUCGACAUGGACCUGGCCCGAUCUCCGCUCGCUCAUGCUGACUUGUGGUGACUUGGGAGAGCCAGAGCAAACUCGCCGGUCUAAUCUGCUGCUGACAGCUGCGCGAGUUGUUCGGCGUAUGCCACAGUUGCAACAGUUGGUGCUUUGGUGGGCUACUCCUGAGGACGCUUGUGCGUUCCUUUUUGAUCGACGCCACAGCUUGGAAUACGAUGUUCGGUCGGAAGUGUCGAUUACUUGGCGCCGUAAAGACCUGCCAGAGCUGCCAAAGGAAGUUGUCUCGACCUGGCGUGGGGUCGCACAGAAGUACGGCGCGUUGGACAUAGAGGUAAUCAACGAGCAUCUACCAAGCACUCCCUUCUCGUCACAAGCGGAGGCUAUUCAUGCACUGCGACUGCCAGAGGGCAUCAUUGACCCCGUGUCUCUUUGGCAGAUGCGAAGGGAGGCGAACCGGAACUGGCAGUCAUCUGCCUAG